AUGAGAAACCGAACAGUGACAACCUUCAUCUUGCUGGGUCUGACAGAUGACAUUAGACUGAAAAUUCUUCUCUUUAUCUUUCUGCUUCUUUCUUACAUGUUGAGUUUUUCUGGGAACAUAACCAUCAUCACACUCACUCUGACUGACCCCAGCCUUAAAACACCUAUGUAUAUUUUUCUCAAAAAUUUCUCCUUCUUGGAAAUUUCACUAACAACUGCUUGUAUUCCCCGAUUUUUAUAUAGCAUAUCAUCUGGGGACAAGUCCAUUACCUAUACAGGUUGUGUCACUCAGCUACUGUUUAUAGACCUCUUUGCAGCAACAGAAUUUUUUCUUCUGGCUGUCAUGUCCUAUGACCGCUAUGUGGCCAUCUGUAAACCUCUGCAUUACAUGACUAUCAUGAAUAGCAGAGUCUGCAAGAAUUUCAUCUUCUUCUGUUGGAUAGCAGCAUUGGUCAUCAUUGUCCCACCUAUUAGUCUAGGCUUGGGCCUGGAGUUCUGUGACUCAAACAUCAUUGACCAUUUUUGUUGUGAUGCAGCUCCUCUCCUGAAAAUCUCUUGUUCAGACACAUGGCUGUUAGAGCAGAUGGUGAUAAUUGGUGCGGUGCUGACCUUCAUCAUCACCUUUGUGUGUGUUGUCCUUUCCUACGUUUACAUCAUCAAGACCAUUCUGAGAUUUCCCUGUGCCCAGCAAAGGAAAAAGGCUUUUUCCACCUGUUCUUCCCACAUGAUUGUAGUUUCCAUUACUUAUGGCAGCUGCUUCUUCAUCUACAUCAAACCUUCAUCCAAGAGUGACGUAGCUAUCAAUAAAGGGAUUUCACUUCUCAUCAUAUCGAUUUCACCAAUGUUAAAUCCUUUUAUUUAUGCACUGAGAAACAAGCAAGUGAAACAAGCCUUCAAUUACUCAAUUAAAAAACUUGUGCUCCUCUCAAAGGUGUAA